CCCCGGGAGGCGGGGCCUCUGAGCGGCUCGGCGCUGCGCCCCGGUCGGGCCCGGCGGUUGCCCUUCCGCUGGAGGAGAGCCUGGGCUCCUCCGCUCCUCUACGCCCACGAGGGGAUGCGGCUCCCGGAAAGUGAAGUAUACUUAAAUGUACUACAGGUUGUAUACUACGGAUGGGAACUAUUAAAGCUUAUAAUGUCAAAAACUUAUCUUAGACCAAAGGUAUCUUCCACAAAGGUAACAGACUGGGUAGACCCUUCGUUCGAUGAUUUUUCAAAGACUACAGGCAUCUCUUUUACCUCCACAUCAUUACGUGUGAAUAACUCAAGUCACAGAAGAAAAAAUGUGCCUUCCAGAUUAGAAAGUAGCAGAUUUCCAGCUAGAAAAAGAGAAGAGCCACCUUCUUCAGAACAGAUUUAUGGUCCAGAAAAUUCAAAAGACUAUUUCUCUGAAAAUGAACCAUGGGUGGAUAAAUACAAACCAGAAACUCAGCAUGAACUUGCUGUGCAUAAAAAGAAAAUUGAAGAAGUUGAAACCUGGUUAAAAGCUAAUGUCUUAGAAAGGCAACCAAAACAGGGUGGAUCUGUUUUAUUAAUAACAGGUCCUCCUGGAUGUGGGAAAACAACAACUCUAAAAACACUAUCGAAGGAGCAUGGUAUUCAAGUACAAGAGUGGGUUAAUCCAGUUUUACCAGACUUCCAAAAAGAUGAUUUCAAGGACAUGUUUAAUCCUGAAUCAAGCUUCCAAGCAUUUCCCUAUCAAUCUCAGAUAACACUUUUUAAAGAGUUUCUACUAAGAGCAACAAAAUAUAACCAACUACAGAUGCUUGGAGAUGAUCUGAGAACUGAUAAGAGGAUAAUUCUGGUGGAAGAUUUGCCUAACCAGUUUUAUCGAGAUUCUCAUACUUUACAUGAAAUUCUCAGGAAAUAUGUGCAUACUGGUCGGUGUCCUCUAAUAUUUAUAAUCUCUGAUAGUCUCAGUGGAGAUAAUAAUCAAAGGUUACUAUUUCCCAAAGAAAUUCAGGAAGAGUGUGCUAUAUCAAACAUUAGUUUUAACCCUGUGGCACCAACAAUUAUGAUGAAAUUUCUUAAUCGAAUAGUGACCAUGGAAGCUAAUAAGAAUGGAAGAAAUAUUACUGUUCCUGAUAAAACUUACCUAGAGCUGCUCUGUCAAGGAUGUUCUGGUGAUAUCAGAAGUGCAAUAAACAGUCUCCAGUUUUCUUCUACAAAAGGAGAAAACAGUUUUUGGCCAAGGAAGAAAGGAACAUCUUCAUUAAAAUCAGAUGCUGCUCUGUCAAAAUCAAAACGAAGAAAACAAACAGAUAGGGUUUUUGAAAACCAAGAGGUCCAAGCUAUUGGUGGCAAAGAUGUUUCUCUCUUUCUCUUCAGAGCUUUGGGGAAGAUACUGUAUUGUAAAAGAGCAUCUUUAACAGAAUUAGAUUCCCCUCGGUUGCCUUCGCAUUUAUCAGAGUAUGAACGGGAUACCUUGCUUGUUCAACCUGAGGAAGUAGUAGAAAUGUCACAUAUGCCAGCAGAGUUAUUUAAUUUAUAUCUUCACCAAAACUACUUAGAUUUCUUCGUGGAAAUAGAUGAUGUUGUGAGAGCCAGUGAAUUUCUGAGUUUUGCAGAUAUCCUCAGCGGUGACUGGAAUACACGCACUUUACUCAGGCAGUAUACCACAUCCAUAGCUACGAGGGGUGUGAUGCAUUCCAAUAAAGCGCGAGCGUUUGCUCAUUGCCAAGGAGGGGGAUCAAGUUUUCGACCCUUGCACAAACCCCAGUGGUUUUUCAUAAAUAAAAAGUAUCGGGAAAAUUGCCUGGCAGCAAAAGCUCUUUUUUCUGACUUCUGCUUACCAGCUUUAUGCCUUCAAACUCAGCUGUUGCCAUACCUUGCUUUGCUAACCAUUCCAAUGAGAAAUCCAGCUCAAAUUUCUUUUAUCCAAGAUAUUGGGAAACUUCCUCUGAAGCGACACUUUGGAAGGUUGAAAAUGGAAGCCCUGAUGGACAGGGAGCCUGGAAUGAUAGAUCCUGACAGUGGAGAUGAAGCCCCGCCUCCUGGAGGGCAGCUCUACAGACGGAGCUCCGCAGAGGAAGCUCUGGGUGAAGCCACUCAAACCGCCGAACCUGAAACCUGGUGUCUUCCUCUGAGUCAGAACAGUGGCAGUGGACUGCCUGCCAGCCAGCCUCGGUCCUUUUCGUCACAGGGAGACCUGGAUGAAGAAGAGAUGAUCAUAGAAGACUAUGAGAGCGAUGGGACAUAGAGACCUGCCCACCAGUCAUGCUACUACGUGGCAGAUUCAUGUUCCUUUUAUUCAGUGGUACCUGAGCAGAGAUAAUAUACUUCUCAAGUGAAUGAAAGUUUAGUUCUUCACUCGUAGUAUUUCAGCACAAGAAACUGACUUGUCAUUUUGAAGUAAACUGAAGACCAAGCUUCAAAUACCUUAAUUUUUGUUGUUUCUAGUAUUUAUUGAGUGGCGCUGGGAGGUCAGUGUGUUUGAAGUGUGUUUGAACAUUAUGCCAAAUAUCAAACAAUGUGAAGGAAUAAUGCUGAAUAUUAAAACUUAAUGGGUUUGUAAAUAUGAAUUAUAAAAGUUUAGUAUGCAAUUGAGUGUAAAUAAAACUUUGUGCCUUAUCCACAGUUUUUCUAUGGUCUUUAACUUCUCAAAUACCAUUUUUAUAUGCUGUACAGUGGACUAUUUCAGAUACUUUUUGGAAAGUAAUUUAUAUCAUUAUUAAAAUGUUGAAUUUCA